AUGGCGAGCCGGACCCAUCGGGGGAUCCACCCCAUUACCACUAUCGACGCCGGCACAAGGACUCAAACACACGCCGAACGAUCGAACACUGCCCUCGACGAGCUGAUCAGACAAGCCGGCCUCCAUCGCGCCACUACUCAUCGGAUUCAUCCUUCGGGUCGUCGCCCACCGCAAGACUCUGCUGUUGACCAGCCAGGACAGCCGGACACGCUCCUCAGCAAAGAGACAAUCAAGGCCGGGGCAAUUGCGGCCGCAGUCCCGCAAGUCUCGAUCCAAGUGGCCAAGUGCAUCGAGGUCUUCGUCCUCACCGGUCUCCCAAAACCCCUCACUUCGCUCCCCGCCUCCCUCGGAUCGUGA